AGCGUCUGGCGCUCUUCUCCUCACCUCUGCUGUCGAUGCAGCAAGGUGGAAGCACCUUAGCAGACAAGGACGCCGUCCAAAGACUGAAGGCAUGUCCUACCAACAUCUUUGAGCAGAUUGCCUUUGACAUCGAGGACACGGUGACAAAGGCUAUGCUUGCCCAGACUGGUAAGGAAGAGGAGGACUCUGACGUUCCAGAGGAAAGCAAAACUCCGAUCUUUCCAGUGCUGGACUCACCGAAGCGAUCGGUUUGUGGAGGCUGUUUGGUCACUCCUGUAAGCAACAUCGGAGUCUCCGACAUGUUAAACUUGGACGUGGCAUAUGACUCGACGACGUUGCUCGGGCCAACCGAAGCAGAGUGGCUGAAACAGAAAAGGGAGGAGGACGAAGAGUAUCUGCUCUACUUGAAGAGCCAGUCUCCAGACGGUCUCCCUCUUGUGAGGCUCUGA